AUGCCUACCAAUCACUCAAGGAGCAUACAUUGGGAAGCUGGAUUCAAAGUUGUAGAAUGGGAUGGACGCACCCCUCAUGUUUUGUUGGACAAGGAAGAAUGGAUCAUCAGCAUCCUUUCUGGACAACCCAAGGAUGAUCGCUGGCACGAUACGGUAGCUGCAGCCUGCACUGCAAUGAAGGAUGCAAGGGACCAUUGCAUCUUCACCGAUGAUGACAUGAAGCACCAAAGAGGUGUCUAUCCUUGCCUUGCCAUUGGAGUGUCAUUUGGGGGUGGUCAACAGGAAAUCUUGUGCACACCAAGGGAAACCAAGACGUACUGUGAUCCGAUGGUUGGGUCAGGCGCAGUCUCCCGGGGCAAGAAGCGGGCGCGGGCGGGGACUCCUUCUCCGUGCGGAAAAGGAAAACAGAGGCAGGCGAGCCCGAGUCUGAUGGGGCAUAUGUCCUCUGGGCAAGGGACCAUGCUUGGUGAGGACAAGAAGGAGUACCUCUAUGAUGACCAGGCCUGGGUGCAGGCCACCAACGACAUUGUCAACAAGCUGAGUCGGACCAACGUGUUUCUGGGGCGGAGCAUCCUGAUGUUGGAGUGGAGCGUGUGGGUGGUCGAGGGGAGUCGGGUUGCGAUGGAGCGGGGGGUCUCUGCCAUGGAGAAAUUCAUGGAGGGGCAGGCACAUUUGCAGGUGCUGCUUCUGAGGUGCUUCGGGUCUGUGGGUGAAGGGAGUGAAAGUCGCAGGGCUGACUAUGGCGCGGAGAGUGCGGAGGAGGAAGCGGCCUCUGACGUGGAGAUCCAGGAGGUGCAGGGGCCUGCUGUGCCUAUGGGUGGGAAUGAGGGGGUGGAAAUUGAGGUGGUUGUGGAAGCGGGAGUGGAGGAGGUUGCGGAGGCGGCUGAGGACACCGAGAUAGUCAUGUAG